ACGAGGACAAACCCGGGGCCCGGGAUCUGCCCGGCCGGAGUCAUCCCGCGGGCUGGCCAUGGCCAACGUCUCCAAGAAGGUGUCGUGGUCCGGCCGCGACCGGGACGACGAGGAGGCGGCGCCGCUGCUGCGGAGGACGGCGCGGGCCGGCGAGGGGACGCCGCUGCUGAACGGGGCCGGGCCGGCUGCCGCGCGCCAGCCGCCUCGCUCUGCCGUGUUCCGGGUCGGACAGAUGAGCAGCGUGGAGCUGGACGAAGAGCUGCUGGACCCGGAAAUGGACCCUCCCCACCCCUUCCCCAAGGAGAUCCCACACAACGAGAAGCUGCUGUCCCUCAAGUAUGAGAGCCUGGACUACGACAACAGUGAGAACCAGCUGUUCCUGGAGGAGGAGCGGCGGAUCAACCACACGGCCUUCCGGACGGUGGAGAUCAAGCGCUGGGUCAUCUGUGCCCUCAUUGGCAUCCUCACUGGCCUGGUGGCCUGCUUCAUCGACAUCGUGGUGGAGAACUUGGCUGGCCUCAAGUACAGGGUCAUCAAGGACAAUAUCGACAGGUUCACGGAGAAGGGCGGGCUGUCCUUCUCCCUCCUGCUGUGGGCCACACUCAACGCCGCCUUCGUGCUCGUGGGCUCCGUGAUCGUGGCCUUCAUAGAGCCCGUGGCUGCUGGCAGCGGGAUCCCCCAGAUCAAGUGUUUCCUCAACGGGGUGAAGAUCCCACACGUGGUGCGGCUCAAGACUCUGGUCAUCAAGGUGUCCGGGGUCAUCCUGUCCGUGGUUGGUGGACUGGCCGUGGGGAAGGAAGGGCCGAUGAUCCACUCGGGGUCUGUGAUCGCCGCCGGCAUCUCCCAGGGGAGGUCGACCUCGCUGAAGCGAGAUUUCAAGAUCUUUGAGUACUUCCGCAGAGACACUGAGAAGAGAGACUUUGUCUCCGCUGGCGCCGCGGCCGGGGUGUCUGCCGCCUUUGGAGCCCCCGUGGGUGGGGUCCUGUUCAGCCUGGAGGAGGGCGCCUCCUUCUGGAACCAGUUCCUGACCUGGAGGAUCUUCUUUGCGUCCAUGAUCUCCACGUUCACCCUGAACUUCGUGCUGAGCAUCUACCACGGGAACAUGUGGGACCUGUCCAGCCCCGGCCUCAUCACUUCGGGGAGAUUUGACUCGGAGAAAAUGGCCUACACCAUCCAUGAGAUCCCCGUCUUCAUCGCCAUGGGCGUUGUGGGUGGCAUUCUGGGAGCUGUGUUCAACGCCUUGAAUUACUGGCUGACGAUGUUUCGGAUCAGGUACAUCCACCGGCCCUGCCUGCAGGUGCUCGAGGCCAUGCUGGUGGCCGCCGUCACCGCCACGGUGGCCUUCGUGCUCAUCUACUCGUCCCGGGAUUGCCAGCCCCUGCGGGGCAGCUCCAUGUCCUACCCCCUCCAGCUCUUCUGUGCAGAUGGCGAGUACAACUCCAUGGCCGCGGCCUUCUUCAACACCCCGGAGAAGAGCGUGGUCAGCCUCUUCCACGACCCGCCAGGCUCCUACAACCCCCUGACCCUCGGCCUCUUCACGCUGGUCUACUUCUUCCUGGCCUGCUGGACCUACGGGCUCACUGUCUCCGCCGGCGUCUUCAUCCCGUCCCUGCUCAUCGGGGCCGCCUGGGGCCGGCUCUUCGGCAUCUCCCUGUCCUACCUCACCGGGGCCGCGAUCUGGGCCGACCCUGGCAAGUACGCACUGAUGGGCGCCGCUGCCCAGCUUGGUGGCAUCGUGAGGAUGACGUUGAGCCUGACGGUGAUCAUGAUGGAGGCCACCAGCAACGUGACCUACGGCUUCCCCAUCAUGCUGGUGCUCAUGACCGCCAAGAUCGUGGGCGACGUCUUCAUCGAGGGCCUGUACGACAUGCACAUCCAGCUGCAGAGUGUACCCUUCCUGCACUGGGAGGCCCCCGUCACCUCGCACUCGCUCACCGCCAGGGAGGUGAUGAGCACCCCGGUGACCUGUCUGAGGCGGAGGGAGAAGGUGGGCGUCAUCGUGGACGUGCUCAGUGACACGGCGUCCAAUCACAACGGCUUCCCCGUGGUGGAGGACACCGAGGACUCCCAGCCGGCGCGGCUCCAGGGCCUGGUCCUGCGCUCACAGCUCAUCGUCCUCCUGAAGCACAAGGUGUUCGUGGAGCGCUGCGGCGUGGGCCUGGCACCGCGGCGGCUGCGGCUCAAGGACUUCCGGGACGCCUACCCGCGCUUCCCGCCCAUCCAGUCCAUCCACGUGUCGCAGGACGAGCGCGAGUGCACCAUGGACCUGUCCGAGUUCAUGAACCCCUCGCCCUACACCGUGCCGCAGGAGGCGUCGCUGCCCCGGGUGUUCAAGCUGUUCCGGGCGCUGGGCCUGCGGCACUUGGUGGUGGUGGACAACCGCAACCAGGUGGUCGGGCUGGUGACCCGGAAGGACCUGGCCAGGUACCGCCUGGGCAAGGGGGGCCUGGAAGAGCUCUCGCUGGCCCAGACGUGAGGCUCUGGCCCUGCCCUCGGCACCGGCUCCCCCAGCCCCUUUGUGCCUCCUCCCGGGGUCCCUGGUCUCUGGGCCAAAGCCUCCUUGCUCCUGGGUGUGGUGGACGCGAGCGUCGGACAGAGCUGUGAGCGCGGCUGUGCCCCGGCUCGUGCACCUGCCUGUGCCUCCACCCUGCUCCUCUGGGUCGGGGCCCUCGGCGCCUCCUGGAGCCAGCGGGAGGGGCCGUUGUAGGACGGACAGGCUGCACCUGUCACCUCCGUGCCUCGCCCCACCUGGGGCGCGAGCCCCCCAGGGAGCCCUGCCUGCACCCCGGGCCGGGGUCUCGGGUCCAGCUCACCACUGUCACUUGAGCCUCAGGACCUGGGCGUUGUGCGCAGGGGGCGGCUUCCUGCUGGGCCGAGGAGCCCGGGUCCCUCUGGGACGCUGGAAGCCACCUCCGUGUCCUGCCCAUUUCUGCCACAAGGUGGCGCAGGCCCCCUGGAGGCUCAGUGUCCUCCCCAGGGAGAAGUAGAGGAGCCGCCUGACAAGCAGCAUGGCCUCCCUCCCCCACCCGGACCCUGCUCCUGCACCCAGGCCGGGAGAGGGGGCUGCCCUCACUGGGGCCCUGGCCACUCGCCGGGCGGGGUCCAGCCUAGACAGAGCCGGGUGCAAGACACAGCCCGCAGGACCUCGCAGACGGAACCAAAAACGCAUGUGCAAUCCCCCUCCUCGGUCGUUUUGUAUGGUUGUGUGUUGCAGUGGUGAUGUUUUGGAUUUAUCAGGUCAAAUAAAACGGACUUGACAUUCACGGGCGUCAUUGGCUUUCUC